UCUUUGCAGAAAUUUCGCUUCUGUGGUGAUGGUGAUUGUCCCGAUUGGGUAUUGGGUGAGAUAAUAUCUACCCUGUCCGUAUUGGAGGCUAACAAAUUAAAAACUUUAGCCGAUAUGGUGGCGAAAAAAAUAUUGGGACAUCCAUUUGAUGAAGAUGAAGUUAAGGCACUGACGUCAUCCGUCUCAGCCGAUGGUAAAACGGCCGUGGCAUGUAUACACUUCUUGUUGAACAAUGCGGCACGUCAUAAUGCCAGCGAAUUGGUAUUCAAUGAGGAAAUACAACAAUUGGGUCUGCCCAAGGAACAUGCAGCAGCAAUGUGUUCCGUAUUAACGGAACAUGCCACUGCGAUACGUCAACGUUUGAUUGAUAAGUCUUUCAAAAUUAACGAAUUGGAAUCGAUACGUGUUCUGCCACCCUCACCGGAUAGCAUUGAUUGUAGUCGUUUUGAAUUGAAAAUUUCACAAGAAUUAGUAAAUGGUUUGCCGCAGGACACCACACAUGUGCUGAGCAUAGACAAAGCCCAGUUACGGGUGAUGUUGGAAGAAUUGAAAUAUGCCAAAAGUAUUAUGAAAAAAUAUAAUAGUGCUGACAUAAAUAAAAUAUAA